AUGGAUAAGAUGUUCAGAGCUUCUUCCUCUCGAGAUCGAGCAGUGAAAAAAUUUCAGUCCGUGACACAAAGCGACGAGAGGACAGCUCUUCACUGUCUCCACAUGAACAACUGGAAACUAGAUAGCUCUCUCGAGUACUACUACAACAAUACCAAUAAUAGCAACAACAGCAACUCCACUGCACUCAAUGAUUCAAAAAUCGACCAACUUUUUCAACGCUACUGUGACCCUCAAUAUCCGGACCGCAUUCUAGCAACCGGAAUGGAGCGCUUUAUUGUGACAGAUCUCCGUCUUGAUCCUGCAAGUCGUGUAGUACUUGUUUUGGCCUGGAAAUUUGGUGCCCGCACUCAGGGCGAGUUCACGAGAGAGGAAUUCUUUCACGGUCUACACGAACUGGGUUGUGAUUCUAUCGAGGCACUUCGAGAUCGUGUGGCAAAUCUGGAAUCGGAAGUCGAGAAUCCAGCUGCAUUUAAGAGUCUUUACACGUUCACUUUCGGUUUCGCUAACGUAGACAGGCAUGAUAGUAAAACGCUUGUGCUUGACUACGCCAUCCCUUACUUUGAACUUCUACUGCGUGGGAAAUUCGCACAUCUUGAUCUGUGGUUCAAAUUUCUCCAGGAGAAGCAUAAGUCAUCAAUUUCAAAGGACACCUGGGACCUGAUGCUCGAAUUUGUCAACACAAUUUCUCCAGACUUUUCAAAUUACGAUCUAGAAGGUGCCUGGCCAGUGCUAAUUGACGAGUUCGUGGAAUGGGCCCGCCCCAUUGUGUGCCCCGUCGACGGAGGGACUUCAGACGAGGUGGAUGCGGAAAGCUUAGCGCAGCAGUAA